CUGACGGAAGGGGGGCUGUGUGGCGGCGGGCGGAGGAGACGGACCGUCAUGGGCUGCUUCUUCUCGAAAAGAAGAAAACAGGCCAAAGAGCCGCAGCUCGGUGCCGAGAGCGGGGACCGGAAUGGGGCCGGCGACCCGGGAGCCGAGAAGCAGCCGCAGUACAGUUGGGACCAGCGAGCCAAGAUCGAUCCAAAAGACUAUAUGUUUUCUGGACUCAAGAAUGAAACAGUAGGACGUUUACCUGGGAAAGUUGCAGGUCAACAGUUUGUUAUUCAGGACUGUGAGAAUUGCAAUAUCUACAUCUUUGACCACUCAGCUACAAUCACUAUUGAUGACUGUACAGGCUGCCGGAUCUUUUUAGGACCUGUAAAAGGCAGUGUGUUUUUCCGUGACUGCAAGGACUGUAAAUGUAUAGUGGCUUGCCAACAGUUUCGUACAAGGGACUGCAGGAAGAUGGAGGUGUUUUUGUGCUGUGCCACCCAGCCCAUUAUUGAAUCCUCUACAGGUAUGAAGUUUGGGUGUUUCCAGUACUACUAUCCAGAGCUGGCUUUGCAGCUGAAAGAUGCUGGUCUGAGCAUCUUCAACAACACAUGGAGCAAUAUCCAUGACUUCACGCCAGACUUAGGAGAGAACAAUUGGGGCCUUCUGCUGGAGGAUGCUCUAGCUCAGGAUGCAGUACCACUUCCAACAGCUGAAGAACUGAAGGCUGUGAGAAUUUCAACUGAUGCCAGCAAGAGCAUAAUUCCUAUAACACGGGGGCGACGUCCAAAGUGCAGUGAGGAGUCUUGCCUGGUAGUGUUCUUUGCUGGGGAUUAUACAACUGCAAAUGCAAGGAAAUUGAUUGAUGAGAUGACUGGAAAAGGCUUCUGCUUGGUACAGACUAAAGAAGUUCCAAUGAAAACUGAUGAUGCACAAAGAGUAUUCCAGCAAAAAGCAUCCGAAUUUAUUCCUUUACUUGAAAAAGGUUCAGUUAUUGCUCUGGAGUUCAAUGGAGAUGGUUCCAUAGCAGCCUGUCAAGACAUUGUUGCGAAGGUCUUCACUAGUACUAAGGUUUUUGUAUCUGAAGAUAAGGCAUCUGCUUCCAGAGAGGUAGACAGCUUCUAUAACUUUGCUGACAUGCAGAUGGGAAUGUGAAAUAAAUGUGACACAGAAAUGUUACUCACAGGUGAUCCCAUUGACAGUUGAGAUACAUUUAGGUUUGUAUAGCUGUCUGCAUUGAUAGUCAGAUAUUCAAUAGUAAAUUACUUGCCUUUACAAAAAGUAAAUUACUUGCCAUUCCACAAACACCAUCUUUUUAUAAAGUAAUAUUAAGUAGAAUUUCAAUAUUCAUCUCUUAUAAUGUAUAUAAUGUGAUGGCACCUAAAGUUCUCCUGCCAGUUUUUUCUGACAUCGGAAAGGUUGUACAUAUGAACAUUAGUCUUGGUGAAAGUUCAGAUGCAUUCAACUGAUUUGCAACUUUUGAAUAGGUAAAACAAAAACUUGCCAUUGUGUGUAACGUGCUUUCACUGAAAAUGAGUACAGUCAUGCCAAAGUUAAACUCUUCCUGAUUGCAGUGGGAAAGAUUUAAGCAAGUUUCCAACUGAUUUUAAUGUGACUUGGCUUGAUUGUAUUUUGUGAGCAGUGGAGCUGAUAAAAGCUCGUUGCUUGAAUGUUUUCCUCUGAAGUCCCAGGUUCCACAACUUCUCAGCAUGUAGCAACUUGGUGGUUCAUAUACUCUGGAAAUAUGAGCAGUUCAUGUGAGGGGUGCAGAUGCAUGAGACAAGUGUUUUUGCUUCUUAUGCAAGCAAAAAGUGGAGACUUGUAGCUCGCUCUGCUGGUAGUGUUACGUCCUGCUCUGAGGGUAGACUGGGAUAUCUUUGAGGGUAGACUGGGAUAUCCAAAAGAAGCAGGACUUAAUGGGAGAAAAUUUCGCUUCUGAUUUCUGCCUGCUAUAAAAUCCACAGUGGAAGAUAACAAGUCUGUAUCUUCCUGAAAAUCUAGGGAGGGGGGUAUUGAUGUCAUUUUAUUAUUUUUGC